AUGGAAUUGUUGUAUUUUAUUUUAUUCAUUUACAACAAAGCUAUACAUUAUGAAAAUACGCAUUUCCGAUCUCAUUUAUAUACUGCAAACAUUAAUUAUUAUAUCGUUCUGCGUCGUUUAUAUCUUAAGGCAUGUUUAUCUACCUUAUUAAUUAUAUCAAAUUAUAUUCUAAUCAUUGGUAAUUGGGCGGCACCAGCCUAUGAUGAGUUACAAGAAAUAUACGUUGACACAUGUCAAUUAAGCUGUGGUCUAGUUAAUAAUAAUAAUGAAGCAGACGAAUGUCGUCAAAAAUUUUGUCCUAAUUACGUUAAUUAUUUAUUAACAGGUUUUACUAUACCAGAUUCAACACCUAGUCUUGCAUCAAAUGAUCAAAAAGAAGUAGCAAAAUUUUGUGCUACAUGGAUGAUUCAUUUACUUCAAGAACUUGGCUGGAACCGACGUAUUCGUCUCAAUCUCAAAGACUGUAAUUGUGCUGCUGGCACCGAUUGUCUUGUUAAAUAG